GUGCCUGCGGCGACCGGAUUGCUAUGCAGAGCCUGUGCCGCGCCCAGAGCAGCCGCCGCCGCCGCCGCCGCCGCCACCACCACCGCCGCCGCCGCCGCCGAGAUGCGAGGCCGUUACCUGUUUGAUCCCCGUCGGCCAGCCGGCGCGGGCCAACUUUUCCCGAUCGUCAGGCCCCGAAGUUGCAAGGACUAGUCGGAGGCUCGGAGGGGCCAGGGCGAGGGCGCGCUCCCCCGCGCGCUGCCUCCCCCCCCCCUCCCGCCGCCCGCGCUCGCGGCCUCUCUCCCGCCCGCGCCGCUCCCUCCGCCCGCCUCCCCGCUCCGGCCCCCUCCGCGCGGCACAGGGCGGGGGGUGCCGCCAAACUCCGACCCGAGCCACUUGGACUCGCACAGUGUCCUCGGGGCGCAGGGGCCGAGCGCACGCAGCCGCGCCGCGCUGCCUCCGCCGUCAGUCUCGCCGCGAUCCCGGCCCGGGGCUGUGGCGUCGGCUCGGACCCAGGCCGCCCGCCCGCCCGCGCGGGAGCCGGACCCCCGCUGCCCGAGCCCGGACGGCAUGCUGAGCCCCCUCCUCGGCUGACGGGCCGAGCGCCGAGAAGCCCGGGCGAGCGCCGGCCGGGGAGACGAGGGCGGCCGCGGCGCGAGACCGAGCGGACGCGCCGCGGAGGAGCGGGAGGCGGAGGCGAAGGCGAAGCCGGAGAGGGGCCGCCAAAGAAGUGGUGGUGGUGGGCGUCGUGGCCAUGGCGGCGGCUAUCGCCAGCUCGCUGAUCCGUCAGAAGAGACAAGCCCGCGAGCGCGAGAAAUCCAACGCCUGCAAGUGUGUCAGCAGCCCCAGCAAAGGCAAGACCAGCUGCGACAAAAACAAGUUAAACGUCUUUUCCCGGGUCAAACUCUUCGGCUCCAAGAAGAGGCGCAGAAGGAGACCAGAGCCUCAGCUUAAGGGCAUAGUUACCAAACUCUACAGCCGCCAAGGUUACCACUUGCAGCUGCAGGCAGAUGGAACCAUCGAUGGCACAAAAGACGAGGACAGCACUUACACUCUGUUUAACCUCAUCCCUGUGGGUCUUCGAGUGGUGGCUAUCCAAGGAGUUCAAACCAAGCUGUAUUUGGCAAUGAACAGCGAGGGAUACCUAUACACCUCGGAACAUUUUACACCUGAGUGCAAAUUCAAAGAAUCGGUGUUUGAAAAUUAUUACGUGACAUAUUCCUCGAUGAUAUACCGCCAGCAGCAGUCCGGCCGAGGGUGGUAUCUGGGUCUGAACAAAGAAGGGGAGAUCAUGAAAGGAAACCAUGUGAAGAAGAACAAGCCUGCAGCUCACUUUCUGCCCAAACCACUCAAAGUGGCCAUGUACAAGGAGCCGUCACUGCACGACCUCACGGAGUUCUCCCGGUCUGGAAGCGGGACCCCAACCAAGAGUAGAAGUGUCUCCGGCGUGCUGAACGGAGGCAAGUCCAUGAGCCACAACGAAUCAACGUAGCCAGUGAGGGCAAAACAAGGGCUCUGUAACAGAACCUUACCUCCAGGUGCUGUUGAAUUCUAGCAGUCCUUCCCCCCAAAGUUCACAGUCGUCAAUGACGUUCACCAAAUAGACAGGCAGAGUUCACUAGUCUCUCUGCCGUGACACCUUCUUACCAUCCAUACUAACGCCCCAUAACUUCUAUUGAGCUUGUGCAAAAGAAUGCCAAGCUUUGUCAGUGAACUAAAUCCUGGAGAAGGACUGCCCAAUUUUCCCAUGAUCUCACCUGUGCUUUGGGGAUGACAAGCCAAAAACAUUUCACAGCACUAAUGCUGAUCAAAAUUUGCUCUCCAACCAAGAAAAUUUAAAAGACCACAAUUGCUCUUCAAAAACAAAAACAAAGAAAAAAAUCAAAACAAAACUAAACUAAACUAACUGCUUAAAUGUUUUGUAGGGGCAAACAAAAUUAUGUGACCUGUGUUGUUUUCUUGGCUUAAUGUUUUCUAUCUACGCUUGAUUCUUUACUUUGGUAAUAGUGCAACUUUAUGAUUUCUGAAAUUCAAUGGUUCUAUUGACUCUGAGUCACUUAAUCCAAAUCAACCAAAUUCAGGGUUGAAUCAGAAUUGGCAUCUCAGGCUCAAGGUAACAGUGUUCUUGUGAUUCUACCUUUUUUUUUUUUUUUUUUUAAGAAUUGUAGCGUAUUCUGGUCAAGUUCUUGUACUGUAUUCCGUGCAUAGAAAUUGAGGUGUAUUGUCAACCCCAGUCAGUAAAGAUUACUUAAAAGAAAAAAGAUUAUCCUCAAGUGUAGAUUUCUCUUAAUUCCAUUUGUGUUAUCAUGUUCAACUAUUGUUGUGGCUUCUUGUAUAAAGACAGAAACUGUGGAGCUGUGACGUCGUCUUUUGUGUUGUUAAAAUAAGAAAUGUCUUAUCUGUAUAUGUUCGAGUCCUCCCGUCGUUGUAUUUGGCAUGUGAAUAUCGUGUACAAGGAAAUGUUAAGACUGGUUACGCCUAAACAACAUAUACUUAUACUUGCUUCUGGAAAAGUGUUUAAGACUUAGCUAGGUUUCCAUUUAGAUCUUCAUAUCUGUUGCAUGGAAGAAAGUUGGAAUCUUGGCAUAGAGUUGCAUGACACGUAAGAUUUCGUGCAUUAAUAAUUGUUAAAAUCUGUGUUCCAAAAGUGAACAUAGCAUGUACAGGCAGUUUUCUGUCCUGUGCACAAAAAAAGUUAAAAAAAAAGUUGUUUAAUAUUUGUUGUUGUAUACCCAAAUACGCACUAAAUAAACUCUUUAUAUUCAUUCAAAGAAAAA